AAAAUUCAAGGCCACGCCCCCUGUGAUCGUAAUGUGAAAGUAAAACUACCAAAGCAGUACAUGAGUAAAGGUCCGAUAUGUUAUAAACGUAAACAAGUUAAAAUAUGAAUGAACUUGGGGAUGCAGACUUUGGUUUGACAACAUUUUUUGCUCGUACUCACCCAAAUGACAAGUGUGGAGCUAAUGGACUGCCUUUGACACCAAAUUCUAUAAAGAUUUUAGGAAGAUUUGAACACUUGAAAACCAUCAACCAUGAAAAUGUUUGCAAAUACAUAGACAUACAAAGAGGCAAACAUGAACGCUUAAUGGUUGUUACAGAACAUUAUCAACAAAACCUGAAGAAAGUAGCAAAAUCAGGAAAAUACUCAGAUGAGGACAAUUUGGUAUCAUUGGCUUAUGGGAUUGUCAGAGGACUAGCGUAUCUGAAUAACAAGGGAAUCACACAUAGAAAUCUGUCUCAAGAAAAUAUCCUAUUCAAUACCAAGGGAAAGGUGAAGUUAUCAGAGUACGGUCUGUAUCACAUGACAGAUUACGGAGCAGACAUAGCGUUUCCUAUUGGACACCCUCAGUACCUGUCCCCGGAGGUGCUGUGUGAGCUUCCGAUACAAUACGACGAACAUUCUGAAUCAGAGCCCACUGUGUUAAUUCCCUCAGGACCAAAGUCUGAUGUGUGGUCUCUUGGCCUGAUUUUGCUUGAGGUUCUGACUGGAGAAGAAUUUUGGGGUGACCUGACCAUUCCACAGGCAUUUUUUAAAAUUUUAAGCUUUGUGAACUCAGAUAUUCAUCCAUUAGAUACAAUAUGUAAGGACCUUAAUGUUGAGGGUCAUGUGAAGUCCCUUUCAAGAGAUUUUAUUGACUUCCUGAGACAUUGUUUAGCUGCCUCUCCAAAAGACAGAUUAAAUCCUAGUGAACUAGUGAAACAUUCCCUCUUCAGAGACCUCAGACAGAAUGAUGUGAUGAAGCAAAAUGAACACCGACUCUUCUCUUCAGAUCUGCGAAGUUUAGAUUUAGAACUUCCUGUUCUGGGACAGAAUGGGUACAGUAAAGAUUUGAAUGAGGAUCACCUGUCUCAGAGGUCAAUGGAGGAGAUCUACUACUUAUGGAGACUAGCAGGAGGAGAAUUGUUUGGUGCACUGAAGAAAGAGGGACUAGUCAAAACAAAGCCUCCCAUUCAUCUCUUGCCAUAUUUCUCAACAAUGGAUGGUGAAGUUUUUGGCCAGAGGAGAGACCAGGCUGAGUUCUUAGAUAGAACUAUCAUAAUUCUGUCUCAGGAACAACUCAGGAAGAGAUUAAGUGAAAUAGAUGAAACCGCAUAUUACCCUCUGUUGGAAGAUGAAAAUGGUCAUGUUUCCACAUCCUUGCCUUCAUCUCCUAGCAACAGUGACCUUUCUGAAACAGCUAGCCUGCCUUUAGUUAUCAAAGAAAAAGAUAUUGAGUAUCAGUUUCACAGAAUCAUUUUGUACGAGAGAUUGAUAAAAGGAUAUCCGUACAAGAAAAAUCACAUAUGGAAGGAGGCCAGAGUAGACAUUCCACCUUUGGUCAGAGCUAACGUUUGGGCAGCUCUUUUGGAAGUGGAGGGUGAUAUAUACUCCAGAUAUGAUUCAAUUGACAAGGAAACCCCUACUACCACAGAUAGACAGAUAGAAGUGGAUAUACCCCGCUGUCAUCAAUAUCACGAGCUCCUUUCUUCUCCCAUUGCCCACGCAAAGUUUAAGCGCAUCCUGAAGGCCUGGGUGGUCAGUCACCCUCAGUAUGUAUACUGGCAGGGUCUGGAUUCCCUGUCUGCUCCAUUCCUUGCCCUCAACUUCAACAAUGAAGCUUUGGCUUACACCUGUCUCUCGGCAUUUAUUCCAAAGUAUCUACACAAUUUCUUUUUGAAAGAUAACUCUCAGGUCAUUCAAGAGUACCUAGCAGUCUUCUCUCAUCUGAUCACAUUUCACGACCCUGAACUCAGCAACCAUUUAGAUGGCAUUGGUUUUAUACCAGAUUUGUAUGCUAUCCCAUGGUUUCUCACUAUGUUUGCUCAUGCGUUUCCACUUCAUAAACUUGUUCAUCUCUGGGACACACUGUUGCUUGGCAACUCCUCCUUCCCACUGUGUAUUGGUGUAGCCAUAUUACAACAGUUCAGGGACCGUCUGCUAUCUUAUGGAUUCAAUGAAUGUAUUUUAAUGUUCUCAGACAUGCCAGAGAUAGACAUACAGACCUGUGUACAAGAUUCCAUCAGAAUUUUCUGUAAUACUCCGAAGAGUGCCACAUUCCGACAGUAUGCUAGAGAACUGAAGAAAUCCAGGGACAGCAGACCUAAUGUUUCAUACUAUUCCAGAGACUACAAUGAACAGCCAAAAUCAGAACUGUCCAUGGAACCAAUUAAAGUUGAAGAGCUGAAGACAGAAAAGUGCUGUCGAAUAUCUGCAGAGGAUUUGAUAGAGUUGGGUGAACUCUGUGGCCCGGCCUCUUCCAAGAGUCCGACCAAGAGGAGGCCAAACAGUAAACCGGUGAUUAUUGUGAUUGACAUCAGAAAUCCUGAGGACUAUGCUAAGGGGACCAUUCCUGGCAGCAUCAACAUCCCCUUUCCCUCUGCCUUCUCACCAGAAGGGGAUCUGAAUCCCUGCCCAGCAGUGAACACACUGAAUCAAAACAAGGGUCAAGUCAAGGUCAUUGUAGGUAGCAGAGGAAAAAACUCAAGCAAUUUUGCUGCUGACCUGGUGAGACUGGGCUAUCAGAAGGUGUGUGUACUACACAAAGGUAUUGAUGUCCUGAGAUCUACAAGUAUCCUGACUGUGCCUCCUGCAGAUUACUUCUGAUCUUCAGCAGUUAAGACCUGUCGCUGAGGUUUAAGUCUGUCUCGUACAUUACAGACACAGUGCUGCAUAUGACUGUACGAGGAUGUACAUGUACACUGCAUUCUUAAAAAACAUCUGUACAGUGAAGAGAGUUAAUCUAAAAGAUACCAAUUAGCCUUAUAAGGAAUUUCACAUUUAGAAUUUUAAACUGACUGAAGAGACAAGAGGAGGACAUGUGUAGAGGGUCCAAUAAUGUACACCAUGUACAGUUCUAUUGUGCAAUAUUGUUAUGACUUUUGUUGAAAAUAACUUUUUGAAAAAUAAAGUUUUUUAAAUAUCCUGAAA